AUGAUUGCCAACUUUCCCCCAUUCCCUGAAGGUCUUGCGGUCCAAGAUCUCCUCGUUGUUGACUAUGAGCUACUCAAAGCUGGCGACAAGUCUCAAGCAAACAUUCUGUGGGAGGCCGCGACGACACUAGGGUUCUGGUAUCUGCGGAACUCUCCUUCAGAACCUUUCGUCGAACCUGUUCUGGAAAUGGGACAAGAGACGCUCGCCCUUUCUCUCGACGAGAAGAUGAAGUACUGGCAGGGGACCCAAGGCGCGUCGUUCGGAUGCAAGACCACGGGCGCUACGCAUGUCGAUACCGACAUUGGGGCAACAGAUAUCGCCGAAUUCUUCAACGUCUUGAAGGACGACGCGCUGUCGUACCCUCAAAUAUCUCACAGGUCCUAUCCAGACAGUGUCAACAGCCGCAUGGAUUCUGCUGUCAGUCCCUUCGUUCAAACUUGCUCCGACAUGAGCGGUAUUAUGCUCGACGUCUUCAACGACAAACUAGGCCUUCCAAAGAACACCCUUUCGGAGCUCCAUCGGGCGGACAAAGCAUGUACUUCCGAAGCUCGGUGUAUCAAGGUGCCGCCAGCGCCGAAGGAGACGAAGGUUGCUCUGGGAAGGCACACGGAUUUCGGAAGCGUAUCAAUUCUAUUCAACCGUCUUGGAGGACUACAAAUCAUGGUUCCACAUGGAGGGCGGGGCACCUGGAAGUACGUGAAGCCUCGACCAGGGCAUGCCAUAUGCAACGUGGGGGACGCUUUAAGCAUCCUGAGUGGUGGUAUCCUGAAGUCUUGCGUCCAUCGGGUGGUACCCCCACCUGGUCAGCAAAGGCAGUUCGAAUGGUGGUCGCUCGUAUAUUUCGCCCGACCAUCGAACGAUGUUUAUCUUGAGGCGCUGGCGAACGACAGUCCGACGAUUGCAGAAGCAGCUCGAACAGCGGAGGAGGGUAGUGUGAUCUCUACAGGGAUGCCUGCCGCACAGUGGUUUGCGAGAAAGCAAUCGUCUCACAAGUCGGAGACGAACAAGGUUAUUAUGAUCCUCUCCACCAUGUUCGCCUGA